GAAGUUAUGCUGCUGUCUGGUACUCUCCGGCAGAAGCGCUGCUGGAUCAGGCACUUCCGGAGGAUAUGCUUCCGGGGUAGGGCGUAUCAGGGACGGAGCACUUCCGGUGGCGCGUAGUUCUGGCCCGGGAUGGAGCAGGAUGUGGAGUCGCUGCCCCGUGGAGGCUUCCGUUGCCGUCUCUGUCAUGUGACUGCGGCUAACAAGCCCAGCCUGCAUGACCAUCUGCGGGGGAAGAAGCACCAGCGGCUGGAGAGCUUACGUACCAAGCGCCAACUCCAGGAGCUGCGCAGUGUCUUUGUUAGCGGCUUCCAUAAAGGUACAUCAGCCCCUGAGCUGAGUGAGUACUUCCAGGCCUUUGGGGGUGUGGCCAGUGUGGUGAUGGACAAAGACAAGGGGGUCUAUGCUAUUGUGGAGCUGCAAGACCAGGAGGUGCUGGAGAAGGUGCUAGCCCACCCUCAGCAUUGCUUGGGGGGGAAGCGGCUGCGGGUGAAGCCUCGAGAGAAGAAGGAAUUCAAGUACAUGCCUCCCAAGAAGCAGGGAUCUGCCCCUCGUGAACAACUGAGUCCUGAAAAGCUGACCCAAGCCCUGUGCCAAGCUGAUGAUGUGGACGCCCAGAUGUCGCAGGUGGUGCAGCUAUUUGAGUUUUCUGAGAGUGAGAGGCAGCUGCGGCACCUACUGGUCACCCUGUUCCAGGAAGUUUUCUCAGAAUUCUUCCCGGGGUGUGCCAUCCUUCCUUUUGGUUCCUCGGUGAAUGGAUUUGACAUCCAUGGCUGUGACUUGGAUUUGUUCCUGGACCUGGAGAAAACAAAAUCCUUCCAGGCAUCUGCAAAAGCACCCCAGGAGGCACAAGCCGAGGAGGGGGCAGGGCCAGACACCGAUUCAGAGGACUCCAUCUUGAGUGACAUCGAUCUGGCAACAGCAACGGUGCCUGAGGUGCUCGAGCUGGUGGCAGCUGUGCUACGGAAGUGCGUACCAGGGGUGCACAGUGUCCAAGCAGUGCCCAGUGCCCGUCGUCCUGUUGUCAAGUUCUGCCACAAGGACUCAGGGCUGCUGGGAGACAUCUCCAUCAACAACAGGCUGGCGCUCUGCAACACACGCUUCCUACAGUUCUGUACGGAAGCUGAUGAGCGGGUGCGGCCCCUGGUCUACACGUUGCGCUAUUGGGCCAAGCAGCAGGGUCUGGCGGGAAACCCGUUUGGGGGAGGUCCCCUCCUCAACAACUACGCACUGACCCUGCUGGUUCUGUUCUUCCUGCAGACACGUUGCCCCCCAGCCCUGCCUACAGUGGCCCAGCUCAGGGAGCUGACAGGGGAUGGGGAUCAGGCCAUUGUGGACGGCUGGGAUUGCAGCUUCCCCCAGGAUGCAUCGCGGCUGGAGCCCAACACCAACACAGAGAGUCUGUGUUCCCUCCUGGCCAAAUUCUUCUGCGUCUUUGGGGACCAUGACUUUGCUGGCUGUGUGAUCUCACUGCGGGAGGGCCGGGCGCUGCCCCUGCCCAACUUCCUGCUCUCGGAGAUGGAUUCCAAGCUCAAACUGGGUCCCUUCAACGUGCAGGAUCCCUUUGAGCUGAGCCACAACGUGGCAGCCAAUGUCAACGAGAAGACAGCGCUACGGUUCCAGCACUGCUGCCGGGACGGGGCCAAGUACUGCCGCAGCCUGCAGUAUCAACGCAAAUCCAGCAAGGGCAAAGCCUGGGGGCUGGUGCGGCUCUUCCAGCCAGGAGUGCCAGAAGCUGGGGAACUGGGCCCCGAUGGAUUUCUCCUCACCAUUCCCUUCACGCCAAUGGCGCUCUCCCCUGGGAGCCGGUGGCAGCUGUGCCAGGCAAGGGACUUCCGUCGCUGCUGGUUUGGAAAGGUGUGCUCUGCCAUCACCUUUGUGCUGAAGGACGUGCUGAAGUGCAGCUGCACGGAGCCUGCGGGGCAGCCCCUGACGCAGGAGCCCACGGAGCAGGGUGGAGGGGAGCAGCCCAUAGUGGGAUCCAAGCAUCCUCAGUCUGAUGAGGGAGGAAGCUUGGUUGUCUCCCCAGCCAGAAAGAGGCUGAGAGCAGAGGGCCCAGCACCAGAGGAGGGGGAGAGUAUGAGCUGGAGCUGUGCUGUGUGGCACCGCGUUUGGAUGGGCCGACGCCGCAUUCGGCGCCAGCUCUGGCACCUGGGCAGCCCCCAGCCAGACACAGAGCAGGAGGCUGGCUCCCUGGAGGUGGAGGAGAAGGUGUCUGAGGCCAUAAUCCAGCAAGAGGGAGAUUCCAGGGGGGCAGAGCCAUUGCUGAGGUUCACAGCCUGUGCCCAGGUGGGUGGGAGCCAGGAAGAUACACGGACCCUCCUGUGCUUCACCCCAGCCCCCCAGCAGGGCCCCCUAUUCCAGGACUUCUAUCACUUUCUGCAGGGCUUUCUGCCCAAAAUGGUGGAGCGAUAUGUGGGCAGAACAGCUGAGGGGGGUAGUAGUGAAAGCCAGGACAGUGCCCUGAGACUGGGUGAUGCUAUUUUAGAUUGACUUUCCAGUCACAUGGUACAGACACAGCAAAGGGAAUAAAGGGUCUAGCCAUGUGCCUCUCUGGGCUGUGCCUGUCCUGCUGCUGGGGUGGGGGUGAGGGAGCGGGCAGGCCCCAGCUGGUCACAGGCCUGUCUCCUAUCUCCUUGCCCAGUCUCCUGUGAAUGCUGCUGGCCUGACAGUAUUCUGUAUGCACAUUAUUGGGAGUGGAGAUGAUUCUUCACAGAGGAAAGGAAUAUCAGUAAGGGCCGGUGGGGCCUGAGUGGGGAAUGGCAUGGUUAGACCCUGGCUUUGGCCACUUCGUUCCAACAGCAGCACCAUGUGUUUCAGUGAGGGCUGGCGGGAGGGAUUUAUGGGAAGGGGAUUCAAAGGUGGAGGUUGCACUGGGAAGGGGCAGGGUCCCCAAGAGAUGCAGCUCUGAGCAGGACAAAGUGCUUCCCAGCCCCAGCUGAGCUGCCCCCCCCCUCCCCCCCAGUGUUCCCUCUAAGUUUUUCACAUGUGUGGAAUUAAUUUUAUGUGCACCAUUCUGGAGAUGUUGUGACACAUCCCCUUCAUAUUGGUGCACACAACAAAAUUCAUGGGUGAGGCUAGGGUGGGAGCAGGGUUUGUGUUUGGGGGCAGGGGAUGAGGGCUCUUACUAGGCAUGAGGGCUCUGGGAUGGGGCCAGAAAGAAGGUGUUUGGGGUGCAGACUGCCCUGGGACUACAGUGGGGAGAAACCCCUUCUCCCACCAACUCUCUCCACACAGCAGUGCCAGGGCUGGGAGGGAGGUGCCACUCCCCGUGAUGGUAGCUCCAGGGCUGGGGUCAUGGGACAGGCAUCCCUCCCUCAGGUCCCAUGUGGCAGCACAGCCUCCUCCUAUUAGUUUAAGUGCUGCCUUCCCCAACUGAAACAGGUAGGGGGUAGGGAGAGAAGUAGAAAAGGUAUUUAGGCCCCAGUGCCUGCAACUCUCUCCUCAGGGGCAAGCAGAAGAGGCCAGGCUAGGAUUGGGGUUCUAGAGGGGAUAUAGCCCCUUCUUCCCAUUGUGCCUCACCUGUGCAUGCCAUGCCAGAGGGAUUUUCCAGCACUGAACAGGUUAAGCUGGUGUGGGUGCAAUGACAGCAAUGUGGUUUCGGGCAUUUCAAGUAGAGUCUUGGGCUGUGUCUACACUGGCACAAUCUUGUGCCAAAGCGGCUGCUCUUGCCCAAAAACUUGCUGCCUGUCUACACUGGCCGUGUGUUCUUGUGCAAGUAAACUGACAUUCUACUGUAUGAAAUCAGGGCUUCUGCGCAAGCACUAUGAUGCUCUUGCUCAGUAAUAAGUCCUCUUGCGCAACUGUUCUUGUGCAAGAGGCCAGUGUAGACAGGCAACAUGAAUUUCUUGCGCAAGAAAGCCCUAUGAUUAAAAUGGCCAACAGAGCUUUCUUGCGCAAGAGAGCGUCUACUCUGCAAUGGAUGCUCUUGCACAAAAGCACAUGCCAGUGUAGACGCUCUCUUGCACAACUACUUUAACGGAAGAACUCUUGCGCUAAAGAGUUUUUGUGCAAGAUCAUGCCAGUGUAGACGUAGCCCUGUAGUACAUUCCGGUAUUUAAUGCUGGUCUGUACAGCUGGUCUUCUCAACCAUGCUACAGAAGGGCUCAACGGCAGCAUAUCCAUCAGAUAAAGAUGUGUUGGCUCAGUCUUCCAUCUUCUAAGGCUUAACGCUAAAACAAAAAUAACCAAACCACUCCUAAAAGAAGCACUCUUUGCAGCUGAGGAAGAUCUUCAGAGAAGCACUCUAGCACACACAGGGAUAUUUCCAGUGCAUCAUUGAUUGCUUUGCUGAAGCAUCAAAAACUGACCUCAAAAUGAGCCUAGAGGAAGCUGUGGUGUUACAUGAGUCCUCUUCACCAGUCUGUGUCCUAUAUUGAAGCAUAAUCCAUUGGGGAAUCCAACUAAAGCAUGCUGGCAGUUUUACCUGUCUCAAAUGGACCUCUUGACAAAGAGACAGUGAACAGAAUCACAAACAGAAUACUGAUGGGUCGUUAAGAAAGCUAUGUGACAAAGUCCUGAACUCCUACAACAUAAUCCUCUCACCAAAAAUAAAACUUGAUAAUGCU